AUGAAGAAAUACGUUAUGAAAAAGAAGAUGGAAGAAUUACUAAAACGUCAUUCUGGCCCAGGACCUGCAAAGUACGCUCUACCUGGGACUAUAGGAAUAACUACAAGAGAUCCAAGACUUCGGCGGAGUCCAGCGUUUAGUUUCGGUCAGCGCAAUGAGAUACAAAGCGGAGACUGUAGCCCUGGACCGAAGUAUGCUAUUAAACCUAAUUCUACACAGCGUGGGGUAGAGACGGCGCCGAGGUUUUCAUUAUAUAGUAGGCCUGCUGAGCUUAAACCUCCUCUGGUUCCUGGCCCAGGUAAGGAAAUCUUAAUUAACGUCAGGGAUGGAUCCAGCAUAAACUGGGGGAGGGGUGUACCAGCUCUGAUGAGUUGUGUCAGUAAUGUGCGCCGCCUGCCCACCAACAUACAUCAGUACUUGCUUGAUUGUUGUUCAUAGUUCACUUAUCAUCAUCAAUGUUAUUACUCAAAUUACUGUAUCUCAUUUUUUCUCUUAUUUUUUGGCUUUAUCAUGAAAAAUAGCACCCCCUCUGGCCAACGCUAGGGGGUGCGCACCCCUCCCCCACUAAAUCCAUCCCUGAUUAACUUUAUACUGGACAACCCCCUGUUCACAACCCACUCAAAUGUCUCUCAUUUCCAGGCCAUUAUCUUCUACCAGAAAGACAUUAUCCACCUCACGAAACACGCGCUCCUAGUUUCUCGUUUGGGAUGCGCACGGAAUAUCGAAAACGUGACACGAAGCCUGCGCCUAAUUCUUACACAAUACCCGUGAUGAUCGGGCCCAAUGCAAUCAGUAUGCCGUCUUCACCUGCAUACUCACUGAAUGGCAGACCAAAGAGAGGAGGAUUUAGCGAGGAUUUGAAAAAGGUACGUUCUGAAGUAGAUACAAUGGCGUACACUCUGCAUCUGUCAUUUAAUAGAUCAUAGCCCUUGACUAAUAAAUAUACAGAAUCAACCCAGUAUAUUUUAUACUUAACAAAUAUAAAACAUUUUCCGUGUUGAUAUACAGUUAUAUCAACACGAGUGGAAAUUGGGAAAACGAGAAAUUGUGUGGAAACACGACGCCCGAAGGGCGGAGUGUUUUCAUACAAUUUCGAGUUUUCCCAACUUCCACGAGUGUUGAUAUAACUAUAUAUCAAUACGGAAAAAAUGUUUUAUAUUUGUUUUAUAAUAUAGUAAUGUCAAAAGCCCGAAGAAUAAGAAAAGGCGGAAAAUUUCCCGUGUUGACAUGGAGUUAUAUCAACACGGCUCUUAGCCAAUCAGCGUUCAGAAUUUACAAAUGCUAUAUUAUACAAAAAUAUGUUAUACAUUUGAUCAGAUGAAAUAUCCAUGUUAUUAGAAAAAUAGAGGCUCAGCGUGAAACAUAAUUAGUAAACAGACGCCCUCUGACCAAAGAAUAUUAUACUAAAUAUAUAUAUUCUCUGAUUGAUUUAUUUUUCAACUGCAAAGACGCCAGGUCCAGGAUCAUACAAGGUAAUCUGUCCAAAUACAUAUCGAACAAAACAACCCAAGUAUUCUCUAAAAGGACGCAAGUUUAUGCCAGGAGACAGAACAAUGAGACCAGGGCCAGGGAUCUACUCACCAGAAAAGGUACGCUGUAUAUUAUACUGACUUAAUUACACCAGAACUUACUAUACUAUUUCUGGGAAGUGGCGCCUUAAAAGCCAGAGGAACUGGUAACGAAGCCCACCAAGGCGUUAUGAUCGACACUCCUUAAAAAGAGGCGACAGACUCUAAAAAAGAGCGACAAACGACAGCUCCUGACUGGGAAAAAGCGACACAUUGCGAUUUGUAGGGUCAAAAGUGACAGCAACAUUUAUUACAAUAAAACAAGCGGCAAAGCAGCUACAAAAUGAGUGACAAGUGACCUAGGUUACACCUUUGGUGGGCCUCGAUAAUCACCAGAAGACUAUAUAUAGAAGACUGUAUAAAAGACUAUAUAAAAGACUGUAUAUAGCUUGUAAAUACUUGUAAUAAAAGGCCUCUUGAAGAAGAGGUGCCUACGAGCCCUGAAGAGCUACCGUUUUAAAAUAUUUUUAAAUAAUAAUAAAAAUAAUAAUAAUGCCAUUGUGAAAAAGGCUGCCUCGCACAUCAAAGAACACAGACGAUUUCGAAUUGAAGCAAAUAUCUAAUUAUAAUCGAUAGAUAUUCAGAUGAAUGGAUAUAUUAUAGACAUAGUGUCAAAAUGUUUCUCGUGUUUGCAAAAUAGACGACAGAAUCAAUAUUAAUGUUUUUAUCUCACUCUCUAGGUCACCAUCGCCAAAAAAUGUGCACCGGCUUUCUCGUUUGGAAUGAAACACGCCGCGCACAUAGUUCUGCCAUUGUAG